AUGGACUUUCCCAUUGAUGGAAUAUCCCAAGCCAACGUGGGAGCAGAUGGAGCUGAAAACGCUGCGGACAAAGAGGCCUCCAGCGUUGCUGUGUCGAGACCUCAGCAGAGCCCAUACGAUGGCGAUCUGCUUGGGUGGCCAGUAGGGAUGAGUGACGGCACUGGAAGUGAACAGAGCGGUCUCCAUGAUGACCGGUUUGAUGAAGACUACUGGGAACCCUUGGGGUGCCCCCGAACCUUGGCUGACCAGUUUGAAAACAUGAGUACUGACAGGAUGAACCGCCUCUUCUUUCACAACAGCAUGAUGAGCAUUGGCGCGGAACUGCCAAAGCUGCCAUGGGAAGAAGGAGUGUUUGCUCAGAUCUUUGGGACAGCAGACCCUUUUGGUUUGCCGGCGGAGAGUGACUACACGCCUAUGCCUGCUUUCCCGGUCUUUAAGACCCUGACGACUAUGGACCAAGCGUCAGAGUCUUCUGCCGCUGCAGCCAGUUAUGGCAUCCCGAAGUUUGCCAAGCAUGUGAAGGCCUUGUGUGACACUGAUUACAAGCAAGCCCUGGAUUUGAAGUGGGCGCGAGCCCUAGCCAGUUGGCUCACCUACUUGAAACCAGCAGACCAAGACCGUGAAGGUGUGUUGACUUACAUCCGAGAUGCAUGUGGGGUUAGGUCCCCAAGCACUGUGUUGAAGAGGGCCCGCGACUUGCAGCAGUUUGUCAACUGGUGCACAAGCAAGGACAAGCAGCGGCCGAUCUCUGAGAAGGACCUGUUGGAUUUCCUCAGGUCAUGCGAAGCAGAGGGCAGGAGCAAGUUCAUUGGGAAGAACUUAGUACACGCCAUUAAGUUCUUCAAGUUUGUCAUGGGAGGCAACAUCGAACUAGAGGAGACGCUGGGACCAAUGCUUCAAGGUAGAGUGAUGAGGAUCCUUGCAACACGGGAACCUACUCAACAAGCUCGAGCGCUAACUGUGCAGGAAGUGCUACAACUAGAAGCGAUGGUGCAUACAUCACGCUGCCUCUUGGACAAGUACUUCGCUGGUUGCUUGCUCUUUGCCUUGUUCUCUAGAGCAAGGUGGUCCGACCUCUCUUCUAUGCAGAGCUUUGGAUUCGAUGUCAUGGAGACGGACAGUGGCCCAUUUGGCUUCGUUGAAGGCAGAACAAGGAUUCACAAGACCUCGAAUACGGCAGAGAAGAAGGCGCUGUAUCUCCCCUUUUGUCGCCCCGAUAGAAGGUGCGGGCGAAAAACUGAACUAGGCAUGCUCCGUGACCGUGAGCCCUAUGGAGCCGUGUGCCGGGCCCCUACAUCUGAGGGCGGCUUCACCAAGCGGCCGCUGACGUCUGCUGAGGCUUCAUCGAUGCUCAACGACUUCCUGGGCGUCGCCGACACCAAAGAGACAACAAGCUCCCACAGCUUGAAAGCUACCACGCUGGUGUGGUGUGCCAAGUCUGGGAUCGAUGACACCAGCCGUGCAAUGCUGGGACAUCAUGCAAUCAAAGACAAGUCCCUUGCCUGCUACUCACGGGACCUCUUGUCACGGCCGCUACGUGACUUGUGUGCGAUGCUCCUGAACAUCCGUCGGGGUUAUUACAACCCAGAUGGAACGAGGUCGGGCUACAUGAAAGAAGUUCAGGAGGUGCACAUGGGCAAGACCGCGACCAGGGCUGGGGAAGCGCCCCACUCACCGGUCAGCGUUGUCCCGAGCCCGAGCCUAGCAGAAGAGUUUCAAGAAGCAGCACCGGCAAAGGAAGCCGAUCCCUCUGCGAGCCGUGCCUUCCUUCGAACCCUUUCAACGAGGGGGAGCAUGGAGAAGCUUGCUUCGAGGUCUUCGAGGAAGGCCAGGUUGUUUACUCAGAGGAGCUCUGAGGAGAGUGAAUGCGCCACCGAGACAAACGAAGAGGUUUUCCACAAGAAGUUUGAUAGCGCCAUCAACAGUGGAGUGCCUCAAGCCGUUGAGGGCCGGCUGAUGCAGAACAAGAGCUCACAGCUCACAGCUCUUGAUGAGAAAGAUUUCCAAGACAGAACAAGCACCUAUUUUCAUAUGUUAGUUUGUGAAUUCCUGAAGCACAAGUUUUCUUUUGAAAGCAUGGCUGCCAUGAACCUGACCGAUAGCUCUGCUGCCUUCGAGAGACAAGCCGUCCAACUCGGACUCCAUGAAGAAUUCCUGGCUGGACUCAAGGCUGCUGGAGUGAAUACCCUGGGUCGUCUAGCCUUUGCCUGUGGACAACCAGGUGCCGCGGCCGCCGAAGCAGCCAUUCGACAGCCCAGACGUCAGUCAUCGCACAGUCAAGAGCGCUGGCCGACCCAACUGCCGAUCCGACACAGAACAAGAUACCCGCUUGCAGAACAAAGAGACAGGUUGUCUGUGUUGACACUCGAAGGGCCGCUUGAAGUAGCCCAUUGUGUCUACGACACGGUGAGUGGAAUGAUGCAGGCCGACGCCCUCAAAUACUUGAACCCAGCCAAGUGCAUUGAUGGAGAAGGACAAGGGGGAGAAGAUGAAGAUGAUGCUGUGGCUGUGGCGUCCGUGGUGGCGCCGGCGGUGAAUGAGAAUGACCCCGUGACCGACAACGGCAAUGGCAAUGCAUCGCAUCAGCCCAAGGUGAGUCUUCAGCCUGAGACCUUUGAGAACGAGCGCAAGGAUGUGCAGAAGGAGGUGAGCGACUCAGCAGCGCAUACAAUGCAGAAUCAGAAGCGGUCUGACCAAUCAGCACAUGACACCAUGUUAGAUGAACCUGACAUGUCAUCAGUUGGUAAGGAAGAGAAUCAGGAUGAAGAGAAUCGUGGCCAUGGCCUCAACCCUAGCCGGGGUCAGAGCCAAGAUGAUGCGACAUACGUUGAUACACAAGUUGAUACAGCAUUUGAUAAUCAAGGAACAGAGAUGGCAGAAAAAGAGACGGAGACGGUGGCGAAGAUUCAGACCAAGAGUCCAACAGUAGCCACUACAACAACAGUGGCCCCGGCCCCCGCUGGCCCGGCAGGUUCUGUACCCCGAAUGCAAGAGAUCACCAUGACCAAGCCACCAAUGGAAUUACGUCUAGACUCUACCGGACAAGGAAUCAUGGUCAAGGACGUUCAGAACGAGCAGCAAUGCCACGUCACCACAGAGCUCGAUGUCAUGGAAGCAAUGACCAGGAGGAGCCUUGCAUUCGAUGUGGUGGGCCUGAUUAGCAACUUUGACGUGUUUCAGAAGUGGAUCCAACACUUGUUUCAAAUCAUGAGACAGCCUGCGCCACCUGGCUUCAAGCAACCAACCAUCACGCAACUGAUGCGUGCAGAUCGACAGGCCUUUGUGCGAAUGCAAGAGCUGACAAGAGAUAAGAGAUGGGAUCAAGCCAAAGCCAGAUGGCACAAGGCCCCUGGACGCGGUGCUCGCGCUCAUGCCCAAUGA